AUGGCUUACCACAGUUUCUUUGUCAUAACUCUCUUCAUAGCUCUUUCCCUUUCAAGCAUGGAUUUUGGCCUAGCAGGUCGCCAUCUUCUGCAAACGACUCAACCUGCUGUACCAAAUUUGCCUACUUUGCCCAAACCAACAUUACCACCAUUGCCAUCAUUGCCAAAUAUGCCACAGGGGAAUGUUCCCCCUUUGCCUACAAUCCCAAAUCUGCCACAACCAUCAAUACCAACCACACUCCCACCACUUCCAAGCAUCCCUACAAUAUCAUCAAUCCCACAAGUCACCCUCCCUCCAAUGCCAAACAUACCCUCAAUCCCAAAUGUGUUUCCCUCCAUCCCAUUUUUCUCUCCACCCCCUGCAUCCACAAGUCCUUGAGAAUGCGUAGCAUUUUCCAGUUUUCGAAGCUUAUGUAUUUGUCAUAUUUCCCCUUCUUUUUUUAUUUCUUGUAUUCUUAUAGAUGU